AUGGCUGAACAUACUGCUAUUUUAUCUAAAUAUUUAGACUUACCUCAGCAUGGUAGAGUCUUGGCUGAGUACAUCUGGAUUGAUGCGGAAGGUGGUAUUAGAUCCAAGUGUAAGACCUUGGCUAAGAAACCAGCAAGUGUCGAUGAUUUACCAGAAUGGAACUUUGAUGGUUCAUCUACCGGGCAGGCUCCGGGCCACGACUCAGAUGUCUACUUAAGACCAGUUGCAUUCUACCCAGACCCCUUCAGAAAAGGUGACAACGUCAUUGUUUUAUCUGAAUGUUGGAAUAAUGAUGGAACACCUAACAAGUUUAACCAUAGACAUGAGUGUGCUAAAUUAAUGAAAGCUCAUUCUGAUGAGAAGGUGUGGUUUGGCUUGGAACAAGAAUAUACUUUGUUUGACGAAUUUGAUCAGGUCUAUGCUUGGCCUAAGGGAGGCUUCCCAGCUCCUCAAGGUCCAUACUACUGUGGUGUUGGUACUGGUAAGGUCCACGCUAGAGAUGUCAUUGAAGCCCACUACAGAGCUUGUUUGUACAGUGGAAUAAACAUUUCGGGUAUUAACGCUGAAGUUAUGCCUUCUCAAUGGGAAUUUCAAGUUGGCCCUUGUGAUGGUAUCGAUAUGGGAGACGAAUUAUGGGUUGCUCGUUACUUGUUGCAAAGAGUUGCAGAGGAAUUCAAUGUUAAGAUCUCAUUCCAUCCGAAACCAUUGAAGGGUGACUGGAAUGGUGCUGGUUGUCACACAAAUGUCUCAACUGCCUCAAUGAGGGUUUCAGGUGGAAUGAAGCAUAUCGAAGACGCUGUUAGUAAAUUGGCUAAGAGGCAUAAGGAGCACAUGCUUUUGUAUGGCGCUGACAAUGAACAAAGAUUGACUGGUCGUCACGAGACUGCUUCUAUUGAGGCCUUUUCUUCAGGUGUUGCUAACAGGGGUGCAUCUGUUAGAAUCCCAAGAUCUGUUGCUAAAGAAGGUUACGGAUACUUCGAAGACAGAAGACCCGCCUCUAAUAUUGACCCAUACUUAGUUACUGGUAUUAUUGUUGAGACUAUUUGUGGCUCUAUUCCAGAUGCUGACAUGGCCAAGGAAUAUGCUAGAGAAACUUCUGAUUAG